AUGACGAACCCAUCCCAUGCUGCUAGGGACUAUUACCAGAUCCUCAACAUCCCCUUCACGAGCUCCUCCGCUACCCUUUCAAAGCAACAGAUAAAACUCGCCUACCACAAAGCCCUCUUAAAGCACCACCCAGAUAAAGCCGCAACUGUCACGCAAGACUCGGGAAUACAAGGCUCUACAUUCGCUUCCUCCAACGAUUCCUCUUCGAUGUCAAACAAUGACGCUCGAACCUAUACCAUUGAUGAGAUCACGACAGCCUACAAGACAUUAUUAGAUCCACAACAGCGCGCAGAAUAUGAUCGCACACUCCGCCUAGAUCGGCAAAGGUCCACCGAGAAGACAGGUGACGUCUUCCAUACAGGGCUGGAGAUUGUGGAUUUGGAGGAUCUGGCCUGUGACGAAGGAGAUGCAACCAAUGAUCUUGCGGUCUGGUACCGUGGCUGUCGGUGCGGAGAUGAUAGAGGCUUCUUAGUCACAGAGGACGACCUGGAAAGAGAGGCAGAACAUGGAGAGAUCGUCAUCGGCUGUCGGGGAUGCAGUCUCUGGUUGAAAAUUCUUUUUGCUGUCGAGGACGCCUGA